AUGGCUUCCUCCAACGUUAGCGCAUCCUCUCUCUUCAGUGUAUCCGGUCUCGUUGCCGUCGUCACUGGAGGAGGGACAGGUAUCGGGUUUAUGAUUACCAAGGCGCUGGCGGCCAACGGCGCUCGUCGCGUCUACAUCAUUGGGCGACGUCAAGACAAGCUGGAAGAAGCUGCAAACGCCAUCGACCCAAACGUUGUAUCCCCAUUGCAGGGAGAUGUUACAGACCUCGAAUCGCUGCUCGAAAUCUCCCAAACUGUAGAAUCCUCAAUCGGUUAUGUAAACCUCGUCGUCGCCAACGCCGGUACAAUGGGCCCGCGACCUCUGAAACCACCCCCAGGCUCAACAACACUGCCCUCGUUGGCCGAGUACCGCGAACACGCCUUGAAAGCACCCAUGCAAGACUUCACCCAGACGUGUGCUGUCAACACUACCGCGGUCCACUACACAGCCCUUGCGUUCUUGAACCUGCUCGACGAGGGUAACAAGAAGCAGAACAUGGGCGCAGACUGGCGCAGCCAGAUCAUAGCAACGGGCAGCAUUGGCGGAUUCAGUAGGCUUUCAGGAGCUUCGUUCGCGUACAACAGUAGCAAAGCGGCCGUCACGCACAUGAUGAAGAUGAUGUCUACAGCGUUUGUGCCUUACGGGAUCCGUUGUAAUGUACUUGCGCCAGGCGUUUUUCCUAGCGAUAUUACGAACGGCAUUUUCACGGGCCAAGGAGAUGCGAGAGGAGAAAUAAAACGGUUUCCGAGAGAAAUGAUUCCAGCAGGAAGGGCGGGCACUGAGGAAGAUAUAGCGGGCGCGAUAUUGUGGAUGGUGGGGAGGGCGGGGAGUUAUUUGAACGGGAGUGUGGUAGUCGUGGACGGGGGAAGGCUAGGGACGCUUAUUUCGACGUAUUAG